CGCACAUUCAGCUCCUUGCACGCGCCGACCAUGGCGUUCGGCAUCAUCUGGAAUUUCCUCUACGUUGUCAUCCUCCUCGUCAACGCCGUCGCCGUACUCAGCGAAGAUAGAUUCUUGGCGAGAAUCGGUUGGACAUCCUCGAGCCAGACUGCUGCUGCGUAUGCACAAACAUACGACGCAACAGGGUACGGCCCCCCAGAUCCUGGCAUCAAGGCUAGGAUCAUCGACUUGAUAGCAGCAGUUCGCACAUUGUUGAGAAUACCACUCAUUGGCAUCAACACGGUUAUCAUUCUGUACGAGCUGCUCUGGAUUGGCUAGGCGAUGCGAUCUCCUCAAUAUACCAACUGUAUCUUAUUCCCUCGCGCCACCGUGUGACCACG